AUGUGGAGAUGUGGCAAAACGGAAGAGGAGCUCUCAACCAGAUUAGCCAAGAAUUUAAAGGAUCUUAUCAUUAAAGAGGUACCAGAAACUAUUGGUGCUUUUAUCGCUAAAUCAGUAAUGGGUGCUGGUGGUGUGAUACAUCCGCCUGCUACAUACUUUGAAAAGAUUCAAGCUGUUGUUAAGAAGUAUGACAUCUUGUUCAUUGCUGAUGAGGCUCGGGACAAUGUUUGCUGUGACAAAUACAACAUCAAGCCAGAUCUUGUGUCCUUAGCCAAGGCACUGUCUUCAGCAUAUCUGCUGAUUGGAGCCAUCCUUAUGAGUCAAGAAGUAGGAUAUGUCAUUUUCUCAAAGCAACAAGCUAGGGAGAGGAACAUACCAGAACAUGCCCCCAGAGUUGCCCCAAGGUUUCAAGAUGGUCUUAAAGCUUUUGCCAAGAGUAGUCCUAUUAUUGGAGAGUUGAUUGAUAUCUAUGGGAAACCAUUAAAAGGUACGGAAGAGAGGGUAAAAGAGCUCAAGGCUCAGUAA